GCUCGACCUCUUCUCCCCCCUUUUGCCUCCUUCCUCAAUCGACCGACAAGAAAUCUUACGGAAAUCGAACCUGUUUCAUCCUACAGAAAUCGAAAAUCGACCUGUACCUCACGUAAGCGACCUUCCUCCUCAGGUAAGCAAUCUCAUCGCUGUGAUUUCUCAAAUCGGUCGAUAUCUUGCUGCCAUAAAUCGAACCUGUUUCAUCCUACAGAACUCGAAGAUCGACCUCUUCCUCUCGUAAGCGACCUUUUUCCUCAGGUUCACUUCUGAAGAAUCAUGGAGGAAGACCAGGAAAUGGAGAGGUUUGGGAUGGAAAACGACUAUGAAGAUGGUCAAUGGAUAGGUGAUGAAUUUUGUUAUGGAAAGCGGAAGGAAAAACGUCAUCAGAGCAAAGAUGAUGUGCUCUAUGGUAUCUUUGCUUCUGGUGACACCGACAGUGACUCUGAAGGUGGCUCCGGCAAGAAGCGGAGGAAAGAUUUUUCCAGAAAACAGGAUCUUACCAAGCCACUCAAUUUUGUAUCUAGUGGUGUUGUGAUGCCAAGCGAAGAGAUAGAUCAGAACCCUAAAGAGGAGAAUAAGAAAGACGAUCAAGAUGGUGGUAACCGGCCUGGUUUAGGUUCUGGGGCAGCUGCCUCUGGUCUAGGGCUCGGUUUCCAUUCAAAGGACGUAAGCACGGCUAAAGAAGAAGACGGAGAAAAUAAUAUUGACUUCCUUCCUACUACAUUUGGUAAGAUGAUCAAAGAAGGCGCACUUCAGAGGAGGGAGAAGGAAAUGGAGAAAUCCCGGUUGAACAAAAAGUCGUCUCAAAUAGGAUUAAGAAGGAGAGAUGCAAAAGAUGACGGAAAUGUGGGCGUAUUCGAGAAGCAUACCAAGGGAAUUGGGAUGAAGCUGCUUGAGAAGAUGGGUUACAAAGGAGGUGGCUUAGGGAGGAAUGCACAAGGUAUUGUUGCUCCUAUUGAAGCAAAGUUGCGGCCCAAGAACAUGGGAAUGGGAUUCAAUGACUACAAAGAGGCAGCUAAUGUGCCAGCAUUAAUGGAACCAUCGGAGGAGAAAAAGGCCUUGCCGCAGCCUGCUGGUAUCCAAACAAAAGAGAAGCUGUGGUCGAAACAGAGUCGCUCAAAAAAGAAGAAAAAGGAUUAUGUAACUGCAGAGCAGUUGCUAGUCAAGAAGCAAGAACAGGGGCUGGAUGUAGUUCAGAAAGUGUUUGAUAUGAGGGGCCCACAAGUUCGGGUGUUGACGAAUCUUGAGAAUUUGAAUGCCGAAGAAAAAUCAAGGGAGAACGAUAUCCCCAUGCCCGAGCUCCAACAUAAUAUAAAUUUGAUCGUUGAUUUGGCCGAGCUCGAUAUACAGAAAAUCGAUCGGGACUUGAGAAACGAAAGGGAGACAGUUGUCACUCUGCAAAAAGAGAAGGAGAAGCUUAAAGAUGAUGCUUUUCGUCAAAAAAAGCAGCUCGAUAAUAUGGAGGAGAUCGUUAGCAUGCUGGAACGGCUAGGUAAUGAGAGCCAGUUGGGAACCUUGACCCUAGACUCGCUCGCUAACUCAUUUCGGGACUUGUACAAACGGUUUCCUGAUGAGUACAUACUCUGCAGCCUUUCUAGCAUCGCAUGCUCUCUCGCCAUGCCUUUGUUCAUUCGAGUUUUUCAAGGAUGGGACCCACUUCAAAAUCCGGCACAUGGUUUGAAUGUUAUGUUACUAUGGAAAGACCUGUUGCAAGGAGAAGAGAUAUUUGAUUCGACUUACACCCAACUCUUCAUGGAAGUUGUGUUUCCUGCUAUAAGGAUAUCGGGUACCAACACUUGGCAAGCCAGGGACCCUGAACCGUUGCUGCGGUUUCUCGAUUCUUGGGAACAACUACUGCCUCACUCUGCUCUUCAAACCAUACUCGAGAACAUUGUCAUGCCAAAGUUAGCUGUUGCAGUCGACUCAUGGGACCCACGACGCGAAACCAUCCCUAUACAUUCAUGGGUGCACCCAUGGCUACCAUUAUUGGGCCAGAAGCUCGAGAGUCUAUAUCACACUAUACGUAACCGGCUUGAAAGCGUUCUUCAUGCUUGGCAUCCAAGUGAUAUGUCGGCUUACUACAUAUUGUCACCAUGGAAAACUGUUUUUGAUCCGGCAAGCUGGGAACAAAUAAUGGUUCGACACAUAAUUCCUAAAUUGUUGGCGGUCAUGCAUGAAUUUCAAGUCAAUCCAGCCGAUCAAAAGCUUGACCAGUUCUAUUGGGUCCGGACUUGGGCUACAGCCAUUCCGAUUCAUCAUAUGCUUCACAUAAUGGAUGUAUUCUUUAACAAAUGGCAAGAAGUCUUGUAUCAAUGGCUAUGUUCAAAACCGAACUUCCAAGAAGUGACAAAUUGGUAUCUGGGUUGGAAGGAUCUUAUUCCGGCCGAGCUUCUAUCCAAUGAACACAUCCGGUAUCGGCUCAAUAUGGGUCUAGACAUGAUGAACCAAGCGGCUGAAGGGUUGGAGGUGGUCCAGCCCGGUCUGAGAGAAAACAUUAGCUACCUGAAGGCACUUGAACAUCGGCAGUUUGAAGCUCAGAAGGCGGCAGCAGCAGCACAGGCGGCAAAGGGACAGCAACGGAGUUUUGGUGAUGAUGCGGGUGGCGGUGAUAUGAGUUUGAAGGAAGUUAUUGAAGUUCAUGCACAACAUAACAAUUUGCUAUUCAAGCCAAAAGUGGGAAGAAUGCAAGAUGGUCAUCAAGUUUAUGGGUUUGGGAAUAUUAGUAUUAUUGUGGACUCUUUGAACCAGAAGGUAUUUGCUCAAACUGAAGAUAGAUGGUCUCUUGUGACACUUGACCAAUUGGUGAAGCUAGAGAAGAGCUCUGUUCUUAGAAGAAGAUGAAUUUUGAGGCAUAUCUGCUUUUAAUUUAACGUAAAGUGUCAAGUUCGAUGCAUUGCUGCUGGUUAUUGAACGGGAAGGGGUCGAUUGGUGUCCCCGAGAUGAUUGUUGAUUGCGGAUUAUGAACGUCAUCUACGAAAAAGAGAGGUAACGAUCGAGUUAAAAGUACGAACUAAAUAGUAAUCGUUUCAAAAUAUUGAUACAGCCGAAUUGAGGUUAAUAGUGGAACAUUUGGUGGCUGUGUUGUGCUCUACUUGCUUAGAGUAAACGUCAUGUUUAUAUACAUCUUAUCCUCGAGAUCCCAUACUAUGUGGUAAGGAAAUUUUGGAAAAUUGAUGGUAAAUGUCAGGUUUAUAUACAUCAUUUAAAUCUAUUUUUCACUUUAAAAAAUUGUAAAUAAAUAAAAGAAAAUAUAAUGAUUUUUUUAUGUUUCUUUUGAAUAACCAUUAUUGAAAGAAUAACAUGAUGUGUAGUUGUGGCUUUAGUGAGUUUGUAUAACCUACAUGGCUUGUUCGUUAUUCGGUCCGUUGGGUAUUGUUUUCAUUUGUCCAUUGUAUUUUCUAUUAAUUCCACUAGAGGGUCCUUUAUUAAAAGCUUACCCUGUAAUAAUGCUUAUGGUGUCAUUU